GUACAUUCAUGAUAUUGGUUUGCGGUGCUAAUAUUGUGGAUCUCACGACUCAUGAGUUAUUGGAAAAUAAUAGACUAAAUGAAAUUACUGAACGUUCAGGCGAUUUAUGCGGAGGGGCAUCUGUAGAUAGAGAGUUUAUAAAAUUCUUAAGACGAAAAGUUGGUGAUUCGACUAUAAAUAAGCUGCUUGAAAAUCACUACGGUCAAUUUCAAUAUAUGGUACAGGAAUUCUGUCGCCGUGUCAAAUUACCAUUUACUGGUAAUAGGAAUGAUUUUAGAACCUACGAACUUGAUUUGGAUGAAGUAUGCCCAGUACUGAAACAAUAUGUAGCCGGAACUUCAAAAGUAAAAUUAGAAAAAGAUGACUGGAUAAUUGAUUUAGAAUAUUAUGACGUUAAAAGUAUGUUUGAUCCAGUAGUAGACAAGAUUCUUAAGUUGAUUAAUGGGCAUCUUACUGCCAGCACAGGAACGUGCGCUGUUAUGUUUUUGGUUGGGGGGUUUAGCGAGUCCAAGUAUCUUCAAACGAGAAUUAAACAAGCGUUUGGAGCUCAAAUCGGGGAAAUUUGUAUCCCAAAGGAUCCG